AUGAGAAAAUGCCUGUGCCGUGCAGUCCACCCAACGGACCAAGAGCCCGGACUGUCUGGACGUGAAACAGCACCGAUGUCGGCGGCACCCUGGCGUGUACUGGCGCGCGUAGCUGCCGGAUUCGCUCUACAGCUUCUGAGCGUCUAUACCAGCAUUUCUGUCUUCGUGAAAGACACAAGCUACCUCUGGACGGGCAUGGCCAUCACCGCGGGACUCCUGUUCAACACACCCGCCGAAUGCCGCCUGGAGCGUUUUGCCCACGUGUUCUCUGGCGCUCUGGCAUACUAUCUCCUGGACUUCCACUACGAGCGCUUUCCGACCGGGCUGGUAGUGGCUGUUGCUCUCUGCAACGCGCUGGGAUGUGUGGUCGGCGAACACUGUUUUAGGCGAGUAUUCCCUAGAACUCCGAUGAUACCCCGAGAUAUCGAGCAACUCAAGUUCCUUGGCGCGCUAAUGCUUUUCCCGGUGUUUGCUGGGAGCUUGGCGGCGAGUGUUCCAGGAAGCGUGGCCUUUCGUUUGUAUUUUGGGGCAAACCUGUGGAAGGUGUUUGUCAACUACACCGUGGGUCACAUCUCAGGAACGACGGUGGUUUUGUACCCAACGAUGGUUCUCCCGGCGUUGUGGAGCAGCAAGCAGCCGAUUCAGGCAGCUAUGGUUUUAGGCCUCGCUGGUGUUGUCCUUAUGUUCGCGUUUACGGACUAUGGGGUGUUUGCUUUCGGCGCUAUCCUGGGUGCCUACGGUUCUAUCGUAACCGUGAGCACCCAACUGGACCAGUGGAAUGCAUGUCUCAUGGGCGCUGUCGCUGCAGCGCUUAUGCUAGGGCUAACCAUGGGAGGAAGAGGACCCUUUAACUCCGUAUGCUACUUUGAAGAAGGAGCUAGAAACGUGAUCCUGUCGACGCAACUUGCGACCACUGUCGCGACCGGUUGCAGUGCCUUCGUCAGCAUUUCCUCGACUAGAUUGCGUAAACUCCAGGCCCGCGAGAAAGCCUCUCUAGAAAGAGCGGAAAAGAUGAUAGAGACUCAGACAGUGCAACUCUGCAAGGUAGCGCAUGACAUGCUCAACAACACCACCUUCAUCUGGGGUGUGACCGAGAGCUUAGCGGACACCCUUCCACCGACAGGGCAAUCUGCUAGUCAGCUGAAGAUGAUCCAAGCGGCAAUCACAAUGAACGGCACGCUUGUGAAGGACAUGACAGACUCCUUCAAGCCUGAAGGUCAUGGGCGACCUAUACGACGGACGGAGGUCGACGUGCAAGAGAUGGCAGAAUUGCAUGUUAACUUCGCGAAGGCGCUGGUUCGUAUGGCCGGCAGGAGCAUAGAAACGACGCUCGACCUGGGUACGGCGGAGGGCGAGUUCAAGGUGUUCACGGACAGGGACCGCUUGCAUCAGAUACUUAGCAACCUGGUCGGGAACGCCGUAAAAUACACGAAGUCGGGGACGAUUGUCUUGAGGGUCUCUCGCCAAGACGAUGCGGGCACAACCGGCAGCGUCAUCCUUCAGGUAAUCGACACCGGCAUCGGCAUCGAUGCGGAGGAUAUCCCAAAAAUCUUCGGAACGCUGUUCAGGUGCGCCAGGGGAGCUCAGUUGGCCCCAGGCUCAGGACUAGGACUCUCGAGCGUGCUGGACAUGUGCAAGCUCCUCGAGGCAAAAGUUGACCUGCAGAGUCCCGGAGUCGACAAGGGAACCACAGUCACGCUCGAGUUGCCUAUCGGCACCGAUCCGACCAAGACAAAUGCGGUGGACGCGGGUGUGGAGUGGACCCCGCCCGCUACCGGUUUCCGCGUUCUGGUCAUCGACGACUCGCUCGUCAUCAGAGAGAUGAUGAAGCGGUGCUUGAUCCGAUUGGGCUGCGACGUUACCCCUCUCGGUUCGGGCGAGAAGGCCAAAGAGCAUCUCAUGGCCAAGGGAGCCGCUAUCGAUGUCGUCAUCACCGACCAUUACAUGGGACAAGGCCGAUGCACCGGAGCGGAUCUGAUAUCAGACAUCCGCCAAGGUCGUCUGCGCGGGGUGUCGAAGAAUGUUCCGUGCAUCCUGUGCAGCGGGCGGGAGGUUAAGAUGGAAGAGUUUGGCGACAACACUUUGUUCAUGUGGAAACCGUUCUCCAAGACUGACGUGUCUCAUGCACUUCAGUCGGCCGUGCGCCAUUCGGCUGCGCGUGGGCGGUUGAUCGUACUUAUCGGUGGGAGAAAGCCGAGACCGGACAGGAAAGGAAGGACGCGGGGGUGUGCCAGGGGGGAGGGCAACAGGUUUUGCGAGGGAAACGAAGGGCAUGGGAGGUGCGUUGGCAUAUCGGACCCAUUUUGGCAUUUCUUCUGGUUGGUGAGUGAUGUCAGGCCGGACUUGCGGCAACGCACGUCAUUUUCUGGCUCCCAGCGCUGGGGCUCGACUUCCUGGGUGUUCGAGGUCGUCUCUGGCCGACUCAGGAACGGUGCUCCGGUAGAAAGAGACGAGGGCUAG